AUGGAAAUUGAUACUACUCCUGGUGUCAUUUCUAACGAUGAACCCGAAGGCGUAAAAGAUAAUGUUGAAAAUGAAGGUUAUCCGGUUUCCUCGCAAAGUACAUCUUCAGAUUUUAAUACGAAUAAGGAAGUUUUAAUUACUGGAGCAGCGGAUUCUUAUGUAGAUCCAAAUCUUAAGCGGAACGCUAAAGUCAGCAUAUUUGGAGAAGAUAAAGGACCCAAAUUAUAUUCAGUCAAGGGUAACGUCGUAACGCCUCCAAUUAUAUCAAAAAACCUCCCAAUAGCUUUUCAAUUCAUGCCAAUAUUUAGUAAAUCAGCUUCCAAGGAUACCAUUGAUGAAAUACAAAAUAAUAGAGUGAGGGAAUAUGUUGGCUUUGAUUUGAGUGAUAAUGAAUACGAAAAAUUACAACACUUUUGCAGUCCAGAACACUUGAAAGUAGGCAAUGAAAUAGUGAUGUCAACUAGUUAUCCUAUUCAAGGUUUGUUACCAUGCAAGGAAGUAGAUCCCGAGCCAAGGGCUGGUGAUAAUCUGUGUAUAUUAAAGAAACUGAAGCUGAGAUUAACAAAGGAUGUUCGGAAUCGAUAUCCCAAUAGAAUGAAGUACAGAGCUGUUAGACUUCUACCAUCACCAAAUGAGUCGAAUGACUAUAAGAUAUCAUUGUCUCCGUUGGAGCCGGGCAAGGACCUGGUGUUUCAUGUGAGAGUUUACCGACCCUUCACUUACAGCGGCAGAGAUCAGAAUGAGAAGAAGUAUUCCCGUCACUCAUUGUUCAGUAAUGACAUGAUAAUGUUGGGGAGGCAGAAGUUGACGGUCUUAAGAGACAGAAUCGUUUGUGCCAAUGAUGUAGGGAUGAGAGUGGAUGUGUCUGAUCAGCCGGAUGAACUACCAACUAGUUCAGCAAGGGAUCUAUUCCCGUCUAACUUCUUGUUCAUCAAUAAUAAGUUCUAUGUAGACACGAGGCCCGGGUGUCGCGACUUGUCCGAGCCGCUGAGGCUUUGGGCCUCUUCAAGAGGGCUCGGGGAGUUUGAACACACUCACAUGGAUGUACGGCUCGAUGAACUGGAAGUGAAACUUGGACAUCCCGAGGUGUAUUUUCAUCAAGGUAACUGUGAGCAUCUGUUCACGUUUUCUGAAGUCCGCCUCCUCAACCCGAGCGACCCUCAGCGUCUAGUCUACUACCCUUAUUCCACGGCCGUGUCUCAAAACCAAACCAUUUACUGUACCACAUGCGCUGAGUUCGGCGCCAAAUGGAUAGUCACCGGCUGUGAAAAAGUGCCCUUCGACCCGGCAUUCUUCUGUGAUACAUGCCUGAAAAUAUAUUUGUACAAGGACGGAAAGAAAAUAUGUGAUUUCAAAGCAUAUGCUUAUAGAGGGAAUGACUUGAACUUGUUGAAACCACCAACUGGAGUGUAG